CAGUGUAUACUAGUCUGUGCUCCCAUUCAUGCCGAGUAUAUAUCAGCCAGAGCGACAGCCAGGCCGGGCCACAUCCUCUUCAAAACAGAAAGCUCAGCUCCCAUAGAGUGAUUGAAAGGGUUGUGACCCUGUACAGUAGAAGCCAACAUGGCAGAAGCUCACCAGGCGGUGGCCUUCCAGUUCACCGUCACCCCCGAUGGCAUCGACCUACAGCUGUGCCACGAGGCUCUACGCCAGAUCUACCUCUCUGGCCUUCACUCCUGGAAGAAAAGGUUCAUUCGCUUCAAGAAUGGGGUAAUGACUGGUGUGUACCCAGGCAGCCCUGGUGGGUUCAUGGUUGUGGUUGUGUCCUACAUGUCCUACAAUAAAUAUAACCAGCUGGAUCCCUCUCUGGGGUUGAUUGCCAAACUGGGUCAACAUAUACCCAUCAGUCGAUACAUGUCCACAGACAGCCAGAGGAUAGUUGGAGGAGUUCUUGUGGGCACGGGUCUGUGGGUCACCAUCAUCAUGAUUAUGAGGAAUGUCCUAAAAAGCCUGUUGUCAUGGCACGGCUGGAUGCAUGCUCGACAUGGCUCUGUGUCCAUAUCUACUCGUCUGUGGAUGUUACUAGUGAAGGUGUUUUCUGGAAGGAAGCCAAUGCUCUACAGUUUCCAGAACUCUCUGCCUCGGCUACCUGUUCCCACUGUCAAGGACACCUGCACAAGGUACCUGGAGUCAGUGCGCCCACUGAUGGAGGAUGAGCAGUAUGAACGGAUGGAGGGCUUGGCUAAAGAUUUUGAGAAGAACCUGGGACCCAGACUGCAAUGGUACCUCAAACUCAAGUCCUGGUGGGCCUCCAACUACGUCAGUGACUGGUGGGAAGAGUAUAUUUACCUUCGAGGCCGUGGGCCCAUCAUGGUCAACAGCAACUAUUAUGCCAUGGAUUUCCUGUAUGUGUUCCCCACCUCCUUACAGGCUGCCAGGGCAGGCAAUGCCAUCCAUGCUAUCAUGCUCUACAGGAGAAAACUGGACAGAGCCCAGAUCAAACCAAUAUACUUGCUGGCGAACAAGGUUCCUCUGUGUUCGGCUCAAUGGGAGCGGAUGUUUAACACCUCCCGUGUCCCUGGUUUGGAGACAGACAUCCUUCAGCACAUGAACGAGAGCAAACACAUAGCUGUGUACCAUAAGGGCCGCUACUUCAAGGUGUGGAUGUUCUAUGACGGACGGCUGCUGUUGCCACGGGAGAUAGAGCAGCAGAUGGAAAGGAUUUUGGCCGACAAAUCGGAGCCACUGCCAGGAGAGGAGAAAUUAGCUGCACUUACUGCAGGAGAGAGGACCCCUUGGGCCAAGGCACGUGAAAGCUACUUCAGCCGCGGUAGGAACAAGCAAUCUCUCGACAUCAUUGAGAAGGCAGCCUUCGUUGUAACCCUUGAUGACACCGAGCAGCGCUUCGAUGCAAACAACCCAGUCAAGUCUUUGGACAGCUAUGCCAAGUCCCUCUUACAUGGAAAGUGCUACGACAGGUGGUUUGAUAAAUCCUUUAACCUGAUAGUUUUCAAGAAUGGCACCAUGGGACUGAACGCAGAGCAUUCCUGGGCUGAUGCUCCAAUCAUUGGCCAUCUCUGGGAGCAUGUUCUGUCCAUGGACCCCGUUAGGUUGGGAUAUACUGAGGAGGGUCACUGCUGUGGGGAGCCCCACCCCAACCUGCCAGGUCCACAGAGGCUGACAUGGGACAUCAAUGAGGAGUGCCAGGAGGUCAUCCACAGCUCUCUGAAAGUAGCCACAACUCUGGCUGAUGAUGUGGACUCUCACAUUUUCCCCUUCAAUGACUUUGGCAAAGGUCUGAUUAAGAAAUGCCGCACCAGUCCUGAUGCCUUCAUCCAGAUUGCCCUGCAGCUGGCCCAUUACAGGGACAAAAGGAAGUUCUGCCUGACAUACGAAGCCUCCAUGACACGUUUGUUCCGUGAAGGCCGAACAGAAACUGUGCGCUCCUGCACCAUGGAGACCUGUGCCUUUGUCCGUGCCAUGAUCGGAGAGGAAACAAGAGAAGAGUGUCUCAAGUUGCUCAAACUGGCAGCAGAGAAGCACCAAAACAUGUACCGCCUGGCGAUGACAGGAGAGGGCAUCGAUCGCCACCUUUUCUGUCUCUAUGUGGUUUCCAAAUACCUGGGAGAAGACUCAGCCUUCCUCAAGGAGGUGCUUUCUGAGCCGUGGAGGCUGUCCACCAGUCAGACCCCUCUGCAGCAGCUUGAGCUGUUUGAUCUGGUCAAACACCCUGAAUAUGUGUCCUCUGGAGGUGGAUUUGGCCCAGUGGCUGAUGAUGGUUAUGGUGUCUCCUACAUCAUUGUUGGUGAGAACCUCAUCAACUUCCACAUCUCCAGCAAACACUCAAGCCCAGAAACUGACUCCCACCGUUUUGGCGCCAACAUCAGACAGGCCAUGCUUGACAUCCUGGAUCUCUUCCAGCUCGACAAGAAAGAAAAGUGAUCGCCCUCUCCAUGGGUGGAAUUGACAUAAAAAGCUGUCUUUAGAAAGAAAUGUAUUCUUCCUGAAGCUUGUACAGAAUCAAAUAUUGGAUUUUGGGUUAUUUUUAAGUUAAUUGAUGUUACAGAAAUAAGAAUGAUUGUAUUUGUCGGUAUGUUUGUGAGGCAUUUAUGUGCACUGUAUGUAUAGGCGAGGUGAGAUUUUGAUGUUGGGUAGAGGUAGUGCACAGAUCAAAGUUUUUAUUCGCGGGACUGUUCACGGGUGCCUUAGUGACCCACUAAUGUAAAAAGGGCAGAAAGGGAGUGGAAAAUUAAGAGUUGUAGUCUGAUAUUAAGUCGGUAUUACCACAGUAAUAGACAUUUCACUUGUUCAGUAGCAUUAUCCAAUAUUUGAGUCACAUUAAUUUGAGUGAUGGUGCAAUAUUUUUAUUAGUUUUUCCCACUUUUGAAAUUCCCUAUGAAUUCUUUUUUUAUUUUUAUUUUUUAAGAUUUCUUCCGGUCGUUCCAAUUGCAGCACAUUUCAUCAUGGCCAAAGCAGCGAACAUGAUGUUAAAUAUCAUCAACAGAUAGCAUGUUGCAUGGUGUCCAUUAAUUUCAUACGGCUCAGUGGAAGUGCUGAGUCUGAUUUGCAAGGCUGAACGAUUGUAUCUGGUGAUCCUACACUUACAGAGGCCAGAAACAGUAGAACAGUUGACCUUUAAGAAAUUCCUAUAAGAAAUUAAGAAUAUUCAGCUUCGAGCUGAAGGGUGACCCUGUAUCAGCGUGAUUUUGUGAGCUACGUUCUAAUCAAUAGAUCAGCAUUGCCUUUCUGACUCAAGUGCACAUUGCAUUUGUCCUUUAAGCUGCUGCGAUUUCAUGACGUAGCGACAAAGGCAGAUAAUGUUUCUUUGUGUGUGUGUGUUUGUCAUUUUCAUACUCAGGUUUUUCUAACUUGGCCUAGUAUUGUCGGAUGCUGGCUGCCGCAUUGGAAGAGUAGUGUUUAUGUACAUCUGCGACAGUAGAAGAAAUUAAGAUGCAGUACAAUCCCAUGUGACCCUAAUGAGCUGGUGGGGAGUAUAACAUUUGGUUUGCUGUGGAAGUGAAGGGCAGGCAAGGCGGGGUGCGUGUCUGGGAUGACGGUGACCUUUCUUCUGUGUAAAAAAAAAAAGAAAAGAAAAAAGAAUGAGUUAACUGUACUUUAACUCUGUUGUGCACUCCAUGGCUGGUCGCUUAGUUCAAAGUAACCAAUUCCGAACUACCCUGGUAGCUUUUUGUCAGAUCAAGAUGAAUUGUAAUUUUAAUGAGCAGUCCGUUACAGCAUAGUGGUAUUUCAACUGUCAAUAUGAGCUGCAGAAUUGCUUAAUAGGUUGUGAUGUCUCUCCAGAACAGUAGGAAAUUAUUAUUUUUUUCUCAGAGUAAUGCUUAAGCAAGGGGGGCUACUGUGUAGGAAUGCAUUUCUGUUAUGUAUAUGUUGUCAGUUCAUCAUAUUAUUUAUUUUUUUCCGUGUUUUAACCUCUUUAUUCACAAAACAAACAUGCAUAUUUACUAGCUGACUGUGGCGAAUGAUGAGCAUUGAGUUGAAGCUUUGCUGAGUUAAGAAGUGAAAUGGACAAAUUGCUUCCUUUUGUUUGUUUUGACACAACAGUUUUGUUGUCACAGACUUCGCCAGUACAUUUUAGUUGUAUGACUUUUUAUCUGGGUAGACCUCAUGUUUACACUGCUGCAUGGUUUUUGAAGAUGAAGCUGUAUAUGUUUGCCUUUUCGUUUAAAGAUGGUGUAAAAAGACAAGCAGCUGAUAUACCAAAACGAGUUUUAACAAUAAAGUGAAUGUCAGACAGCUGUA